AUGUCUUCUGCUAACCCUUUCUCAAACAUCAACACCGACGUAGAGUUCGUCUGGCUCUGGUGUGACGACAACGCAACUGUCAACAAGUGGUUCAUCAACAUGCCAAACAGCGGCCACUACCAAUGUUUCUACGCCUCGCUCAUCAACGCCUGCAACAGAGCCUACGUGAAAUCCCUCGACCCAAGCCAAAAGCUGCAAAAGCUUGACCACCUCAUGGAUGACUGUCUAAUGGAAGACCCUAUCCCUGCCGACAUGAUGAUCAACUUGCUGAAAAAGUAUGAUCACUUCAUUGGUGGCGGCCAGGCAGGAUAUAAGCGUAAAGGUCUGGUCAAGUUUGAUGAGGACAUUCCUGAAAUGUCUGCCAUCGAAGCUGGCGUCGACGAGCUCUACAGACUUAUCGAAGCAAGCUGUCACAAAUCUCGUACUGGCAAAGUCAACGCCAAAAUCAAUGGCAAGCAGCACACCAGCAUGGACGAUGACGAUGAGAUGCAUGGCGAGCAAUCUCUGCUUUCUCCCAAGGAGUUGAACGAUACGUCAUCUGCCACUGCCACUGCCACUGCCACUGCCACUCCUGCCAAGUACCAGCACAAGAUGAAGACCCCUGUCAAGUUCGGAGAGCUCGCUGUAGUUGGCGGCAGGAGGGGAAAGAAGGACGAGGACGAGGAUGUGGAUAUGGACAUGGGGGCCAACUAG